AAAAAGGGGAAAAAGGAAAAUAAGGUAAAAGUUCCAAAGUCGCUGGUCUUUCUCUCAUUCAAUAGCGACAAUCACACUCUCAAAAGGAAGAACGUAAGGGGUGGACAGAAAGAAAAAAAUCGGAGUACAGAGAAGGGAGACCCCCAUUAAUCUCUCACCUUUCAGAUCCGACCCUCGCCGGCGAUAGCCAUGUCCUCCGCCGUCCGAUCUAUCUCUCUCUUCGCCUUCGCUUUACUCCUUCUGUCCUCAGCUUUCGCCUCCGAGUCAGAUCACAAGUAUCAGCAAGACGAUCCAGUUACCCUCUGGGUGAAUAAAGUCGGCCCUUACAAUAAUCCACAAGAAACAUAUAACUACUACAGUCUUCCUUUUUGUCAUCCGUCAACUGGAAAUUCUGCUCACAAAUGGGGUGGUCUUGGUGAGGUCUUGGGGGGAAAUGAGCUUAUUGACAGCCAGAUCGACAUAAAGUUCGGAAAAAAUGUGGACAAAGCCACUAUUUGUCAGCUUGAACUUGAUGAGGCCAAGGUUAAACAAUUCAAGGAUGCAAUUGAGAAUAGUUAUUGGUUUGAAUUCUUCAUCGACGAUCUACCUUUAUGGGGCUUUGUUGGUGAGUUGCACCCAGAUAAGAACAGUGACAAUGGCAAGCAUGUUCUUUACACACAUAAGAAUAUAAAUGUCACGUACAACAAAGAUCAGAUAAUUCAUGUGAACAUCAGCCAAGAAGUCCCAAAGCAGUUGGAAGCGGGGCGAACAUUGGAUCUGACAUAUUCUGUAAAAUGGUUUCCAACAAAUGUAACCUUUGCUCGUCGGUUUGAUGUUUACUUGGACUAUCCAUUUUUCGAACACCAGAUCCAUUGGUUCUCCAUUUUUAAUUCCUUUAUGAUGGUUAUCUUCCUUACUGGGUUGGUAUCAAUGAUAUUAAUGCGAACUCUUAGGAACGACUAUGCAAAAUAUGCGCGGGAAGAUGAUGAUCUGGAGACUUUGGAGAGAGAUGUUAGUGAAGAGUCUGGCUGGAAACUUGUGCACGGGGAUGUUUUUCGGCCUCCUCGGAGUUUGGUUGUUCUGUCAGCUGUUGUUGGUACGGGUGCUCAAUUAGCAUUGCUUGUUCUCCUUGUCAUCUUACUGGCAAUUAUUGGAAUGUUGUAUGUCGGGAGAGGAGCAAUUGUCACAACUUUCAUAGUAUGUUAUGCUCUUACAUCGUUUAUUUCUGGUUAUGUGAGUGGUGGGAUGUAUUCACGCCAUGGGGGUAAAACUUGGAUCAAGUCGAUGAUUCUUACAGCAUCCCUCUUUCCAUUUAUGUGCUUUGGAAUUGGCUUUAUCUUGAACACAAUUGCCAUUUUCUAUGGGUCUCUAGCAGCUAUUCCUUUUGGCACAAUGGUGGUUGUCUUUGUCAUUUGGGCUUUUAUUUCUUUUCCCCUAGCACUUCUUGGUACUGUUGUUGGAAGAAACUGGAGUGGUGCUCCUAACAAUCCUUGUCGUGUGAAAACCAUUCCUCGUCCUAUUCCUGAGAAGAAAUGGUAUUUGACACCAUCUGUUGUCUCAAUGAUGGGAGGACUGCUACCCUUUGGCAGCAUAUUCAUUGAGAUGUACUUUGUCUUCACAUCCUUCUGGAAUUACAAGGUGUACUAUGUCUAUGGCUUUAUGCUGCUUGUUUUUCUGAUUCUCAUUAUUGUCACCGUUUGUGUGACAAUUGUGGGCACAUACUUCUUGCUUAAUGCGGAGAACUAUCAUUGGCAAUGGACUUCUUUCUUUUCUGCCGCCUCAACAGCUGUUUAUGUAUACCUGUAUUCUAUAUAUUACUACUACGUGAAGACUAAGAUGUCUGGCUUCUUCCAGACCAGCUUUUACUUUGGAUACACCCUGAUGUUUUGCCUGGGGUUAGGAAUCCUCUGCGGGGCUGUUGGUUACCUGGGCUCUAAUUUGUUCGUAAGGAGGAUCUACAGAAACAUCAAGUGUGAUUAAGACUUCUCAGAUGCAAAAGACCUGAUGGAUCUUCCAAAGCACAUUGACUAUUGAGAUGAUACAUCCUGAGAGGAAGUUUCUUGGUCAUGUAUGAGGAGGCAGCAAUAUCGUCAGAUUGAAAUCACAGGGGUUUGAGGAUGGAGAUAUAUAUUCUUCUUUCUCUGGACUUGGGGAAGCCCUGAGAUUAUUUUUUUUUCUUUUUUGUUUUUCCCCGGCUGUAAGUGAAAGCCUUAAUUUAGAACGCAGAGAUUGUUUUAUAAUCUAAGAAAAAUUAGCAAAUUAGACACUUCAUUUGUUAUCUUCUUUUUGGACCUUUUACAUAUAGGUUUAUCUGUGUAAGGAAUGCUACUGUAUUUCCCCUAUACUCUUUGUUUUGAAAUAUGGUCGUUCUUUGGGAUGAAUGAACUCACCAGGGGAAUAACUUGAAAUGAAUUUUGUGAUUCCGAGAUGUAAGAAAUUUGUGAAUUUAUAUUCUUUU